GUGAAUGCGCGGCAGAUUGAAAAAUUUAACAACAGAGACUUUCGGAUUUUGUUUGAAGUCAACGGGGGCAAAAGUAAAAAACAAAAUGCCGAACAAAAUACAAAGAAAAGCUAUCAAAGACAUAUUGAAAAAGAAAACCAACAUGCGAAUUGCUGCUAAUGCAGAUUUGAUGGUGCAGCUGGACAUGCUGCUCUUUCUCCACCGGCUGGCUGAGGAGGCGCGAGCCAAGGCCUUCGAGGAGAAAUCAGCCACCAUCAAAGCUCACCACGUCCAAGCCGUCUCCAAGAAACUUCUCAAAAGUGUCCGGGGAUGACCACCCAAGGACGAUCCUCCUCGUCAUCUUCUACUGGUCAAUCACGGGCCGAAGAUCCCAUGUCUCCGUAAUGUUUUGCUAAGGUUGUACAACACUGGUAACACGUAGGCAGAUUUUAGAGUUGCUUAAAUCUUGCUUUCUAGGAAACAGCGUUUCAGUGUUUGUUUUUAUUCGACAGUAAUCUUGAUUAAGCCGAUGCAUUGCCUCAUAACCAUCGUCGCACCACUACAUUCAAGUCUCUUUUUUUCUUCUGUAUCCAGUGAUUAUCUAAUGCUUGUAAAUAAACGUUUUUUUGGCACUUUACACGGCU